GACCAGGUAAUAUCCCGGGUCGAAAAAACCCCGCAAAACAUCUACGCUGUAAUCUGUAUCUCCCUCGUCUUUCAUCUCCCCAGAUCUAGGUUUUCUUACAACUUCAAUCACCUCCUUUACUCUCCUACAAACCGACACAAUAAUCCCUUAGGGUUUUGAAAUCACCCAUCUUCAGUUAUUAUCCGAGUCCAUAGACAUUCACACAUCGAAAAUUUUCCUCUAAGCAACUGAUUGCUUUGAUUUUAUUCACCUGAAAACGAUUUGUUCGUUUAGGGGUUCGGGGAUAAAUUGGGCUUUUCCUUGAAUCCUGCAAAAAGAGACACUUUUUAUAUAUAGUGGAUACGAUGAAUUUGAAAUCGGCGCAAGCGUCGUCUUAUAGAGAUCGUACACAUGAGUUUUCGAGCAUAUCGGAGAGGCUUAGAAAGUCGAUAUCGCCAUCAAAUGCGGUAGCAGGGAUUAAUAGCAGUGGAGGUGGUGCUGGUGGUUCCACCAAGAUUGAGGGAUCUCGAUCAACAGUCGCAUUCCAAUCCGAGUUUAACAAGAGGGCUUCCAAAAUCGGGUAUGGCAUUCACCACACAUCGCAGAAGCUAGCCAGGCUUGCAAAACUGGCAAAGAGGACAUCUGUCUUUGAUGAUCCAACAAUGGAGAUCCAAGAACUGACUGCUGUCAUAAAGCAGGACAUUACUGCCCUUAAUUCAGCCGUGGUGGAUUUGCAGCUUGUUUGUAAUUCCCAAAACCAAAGUGAAAAUGUUUCAAGUGAUACAACCACCCAUUCAACCACUGUUGUUGACAAUCUCAAGAACCGUUUGAUGAGCGCCACAAAGGAGUUCAAAGAAGUUCUUACAAUGCGCACAGAGAACUUAAAGGUUCAUGAGAAUAGAAGACAGUUAUUUUCUGCAACUAGUUCAAAAGAAACUGCUAAUCCAUUUGUUCGCCAACGUCCUUUAUCCAACAAAUCAACUGCGGGUCCCAGUCCAUCAAAUUCUCCUCCUCCAUGGGCUAAUGAAUCUUCAACUUCAUCUCCUUUGUUUCAAAGGAAGCAUGGAGAUAGUGAAUCUCAACCAUUAAUACAACAACAAAAUCAGCAGCAACAACAAAUGGUUCCAUUACAAGAUAGCUACAUGCAGAGUAGAGCAGAGGCUCUUCAUAAUGUUGAGUCAACUAUUCAUGAGUUGGGGAACAUUUUUACACAAUUGGCAACCAUGGUUUCUCAACAAGGGGAGCUUGCAAUAAGGAUUGAUGAAAACAUGGAGGAUACUUUGGCAAAUGUAGAAGGGGCACAAGGACAACUAAUGAGGUACCUCAAUAGUAUAUCAUCCAAUCGGUGGCUCAUGAUUAAAAUAUUUUUUGUAUUGAUUGCAUUUCUCAUGAUUUUCCUCUUUUUUGUUGCAUAAUCAUAUUUUGUCUGUAUCUUAUUUUUUUUUUGGAAAAUAUAUCAAGUAAAAAAAAACGAGUUUUUCUUAAACAUUUUGUUUUGUAAUCAUGGUGUACAUUCAUGUUGACUCUAUUCUUGGUUGUACCUCAAGGAGUGAUUGUGGUACAAUACAAUUGCGUGAAUUUGCUUUAUGUAAAUUUGUUGAUGAUUCGACA